AUGCAGGCUCUAAGCGUCCUUCUUCUUAGCCUCGUUGCCACUGCAUAUGGAUUACCCGAACCGCGAAUUAUUGGUGGUAAAGAGGCACCAGUGGGAAAGUUUCCUUACCAAGUUUCCCUGAGACAAAGUGGACGCCAUUCCUGUGGCGCAUCCAUCAUCAAUUCCAGAUAUGUCCUCACUGCAGCUCACUGCGUCACCGGAUUGAAGAGUCCAAAGAGUAUCACCGUUCAUGUUGGAACGAAUCUUUUGAGUUCGGAGGGAACACCUUACGAAGUCGAUAAAAUUGCUUAUCACCGUUACUUCACUCACCUGCUGCUUAUCAACGACGUAGCUUUGAUUCGUGUUGUGAAAGACAUCGCCUUCAACGAUUUAGUCCAACCAAUCCCAUUGGCCUCAGGCAAUAAAACUUACGAAGGAUCACCCUCUGUUCUGUCAGGAUGGGGAAUGGUUCAUCUAGACGAAAAUCUUCCGGAUCGUCUGCAGUACAUAAAUCUCCAGAUUGAAAAUCAACAAAAGUGCAGAGAAAAAAUUUAUGAUUUACACAUAGCCGUGGUAAAAUCUCACAUCUGCACUUUCACCAAAUACGGCGAAGGAGUGUGCAGGGGCGAUUCUGGUGGUCCUCUCGUUAUCGAUGGAGUACAAAUUGGUGUCGUGUCCUUCGGAAAUCCUUGCGCUGUUGGAUACCCUGACGUGUUCACUAGAGUAUCAUCUUUCCGGUCCUGGAUCGAUGAACAACAAGCUAUUCUACAGAAGGACAAUAUUGGAUCACAAUCGAAAAACGCCAUUUACAUUUCUUAAAUCAACGAUUGCAACUCGUUCGUGACUCAUU